UGCUGCGAUUAGCAGGCGGGGCUAACGGUGGAGCUAGCUGCCCGGGGAUGCAGCGAUUAGCAGGCGGGGCUAACGGUGGAGCUAGCUGCUCAGGGAUGCUGACAGGUUCUGGGUAUCUGGAGCAAGCAGUGGGCGGUUCUUUAGGGUUUUGAUCUGGAUCAGGAGGUUUUUAAUGUGAAAUGUUUAUCAUUAGCUCAUCGUUUAUGUCAACAUGUUAGCUUAGCAUCUUCGGUGGAUUCAGGCCCACUUUAGCUAGGCUAGCCCUGCUAAACGAUCAUGAAAUGAGCUGAUCAGAAACUGGAACCAGAGAAGGAUGCCUGGCGGUUCUGAUUCUGUUCUGUUUGGGUUCUAAUCCGGGUUUACUGACUCGGUUUCAAUUGGUUCGGCUGCUGAAAGAGUGUUUUUGUCCCAGUUUUUAUCAUCUGCCAGCCAUGAAACGGAUUUUAUAAGUGGACCAGGUUCGGUUUGAACACGGUGAAGGGUUCAGGCGUUGUCAGCAGCAGGAUGCCCAUCCCUCCUCCUCCUCCUCCUCCCCCAGGGGGACCCCCUCCUCCCCCUACAUUUGCUCAGGCUAAUACCACUCCUCCCAAGCUGAGCAGGGAGGAGGUCAAAGGUCGCGGCGCCCUGCUGUCGGACAUCUGUAAAGGCACCAAACUGAAGAAGGUGGCGGUGGUGAAUGACCGCAGCGCUCCUCUGCUCGACAGUAAGACUCAAACGCCAAAGAGCCCCACACCUCCCACAGAGCACCCAUACAUUCGCUUAUACCAGUACCUAAACCAGCCCAAACAGCAGGGGGCGCUGUCUGAGGAGGCCAGGAGGAAGGCUGGAGGACCGAGCUCCUCUCCAUCCCUCGACAGCGAUGAUGUCAUCGGAGCUGCGUGGGAGCAGCCCAAAGGAGGCGGAGCCAACAGAGGCACGGCAGGAAGUCCCCCAGGUUCUGCUGCUUCGGUCGGAGGCCUGUUCACGGGCGGAGUUCCCAAACUGAAGCCAGUCGGAGAAUCCUCCUCUUCCUCCUCGGGACGUUCUCCCUCCACUCGCUCCGCUGCUCCUCGCCCACCGAGCCAUCGCCAUGACGACGCAGACAGCCCCUCCCCUCAGGAUUCGUCUCGGUCUCAGCGUCCUUCGCUCCCCAACCUCUCCUCCUCCUCUUCCCCCUCCUGCCCCUCCUCUGCCGCCUCCUCCCCCUCCGCUGGAAUGAAACACUCCUCCUCUGCCCCUCCUCCUCCCCCCCUGUCUCGCCGUGGCAACGCCCCCUCCCCUCCCUCGUCAUCCUACAACAGAGAAAAACCCCUCCCCCCCACACCAAACAACACCCCGCCGCUCCCCUCCAAACCUCCUCCGUCUCCUAGCAACAGCAGACGUCCCCCCACCUCUGGAGGAAACGCCCCCUCAUCCGGCUCCACUCUGGCCCCGCCCCCUCCUCCGUACCGCGGUAACGGUCCAGCGUGUGGCGAGGCGGCGCCGGAGCUGCCGCAGCGACACAACUCCCUGAGCAACAAGAGGCCCGCCCCCUCACCUGGAGGCCACACCCCCACCAGAGGCCCCGCCCCCCCACCUCCUCCGGCGUCCCCCACACCGUCCCAGCAUGCAGCUGGCCGGCCACCUCCCCCCAUCCGAGAGCCUCCUGGCAGAGCAGCAGCUCCUCCGGUUCCAGCUCCUCCCUCAUCAUCAUCGUCAUCCAGGGCAGGUGGCAGAGAAGCUCCGCCUCCUCCUCCUUACAGGACACACGGUAGCCCCUCCCUCUCCUCCGACCCCCCCUCCAGAGGGAAACCUCCUCCCCCGCCCUCCCGCACCCCAGCUGCUCCUCCCCCGCCUCCCCCUCCUCUCCGUAACGGACACCCGUCCUCUUCCUCCGCCCCGCGGUCGUUUGUGGACGACUUUGAGUCCAGAUACUCCUUCCAUCCUCUGGACGACUUCCCUCCGCCGGACGAGUACCGACACUUCACCAAGAUCUACCCCAGCAAAGCCAGCAGAGUGAUGAGGGGCGCUCCUCCUCUUCCUCCUGUGGGCAGGUGAAGCUCCAGCUCCUCCCGUCUCCAACCAGCUUCUUCAUCCUGUUCGUCCAUCUCCACCUCAUCUACGCUCAUAGCUGAUUGGCUGAGGAGAUGCCGCCAGAUCGACCAAUCAGAGAGGCCUCGUGGACGAGUCGGAUCCACCGAGCGAAGCGUCUUCCUCCAUCUUUGAUUUACCUUUGUGGCUGCGCUUUUAGUUCUGACGAGGUGGCAGCGGUUCUGGGACCCGAUGAAGACGGGUGGAUCCAGACGGUUCCGAAGGCUUCAGGCGGCGGAUCCAGACAAAACUAAACGACUAAUGAUGAAACGGAAUCUUUAAUCAUUAAUCAGCCGGGUCUGGUUCUGGAGCUGCUGGGUCCAGAACUUGACUGAGAUCCGUUCCUCCGGAGCAUGAAGGUCCAGAAACCUGUAAAUAUUCACCUUCAUCGUCUUCAUCAGCCGACCCGGCGCUUCCUGAGCGGGUCGGUUCUGAAAGUGCCAAUACGGACCGAGGACGCCUACAGAACCUCCGCUGAUCGACUCGCUCCAUAACGGUUCGGCUUCCGCAGAUGGUUCCUGAGAAGCUGCUGACUUAACAGAUGGUUGCUAUGGUUACCUUCUGUUAGACCCACACGUCCAUCUUUACGAGUCGGUUUCCUGUCAAACGGGGACGGAUGGCUCCGGUUCUGGAGGCCCGUUGAGCAGAACCCUCUGGUCCAGUUUCUCCAGAACCAUCCAGUGGGCGUGUCUUUCUGCCUCCAGGGCUCUGAUUGGUCAGAGGGAGACAGGGAGGCCAACGAUUGGACGGAGAAACCCAGAAGGUUCUGAAUAUCUCAUACUCUGAGCCGAACAUUCGACAGACCCGGUUCCACGUGGAAUGGUGGUUCUGAUGGAAAGGAUGCUGAGCAGUGCAGGUCCAAGCAGAACCGCGUUCUGGUUCUGGUACCAUCUAAGGAGGGCUAAGACACCCAAAUGAAAGAGGAAAGUUUGCUCUGGGUUCUGAACAGAAGUUCUGUUACGAAGACAAAUGGGUCGAACCGAAAGGUUUUGAAGUCCAAAAACAUCAGAUUGAAACCAGAUGAGGAGAAGAUGGAACCGUUUGGACCUCGGUACCGGUCCAAACACCGACACUGGGCCUGACAUCGGUUCUGGUUGCAGGAGGAAUGAGAGUUUAGCUUUGAGCUGGUUUUAACCCGGUUCUGAUCUAACUGGACUGUUCCCGGUCCGGUCCAGUUCCUCCUCCUUUCAGUGGUUCCAGAACU